AUGGAUGACAGCAUCUCCAGAUUCAACGAGCCACAUCGCAUCUCCCCGAUAGAGCUGCCUCGCAAAGCCACGCCAACACCCGACGAGCAGCGCCAUACCGACCUCCUAGCAUCACGGACUUCAUACCAAUCAACCCGCGGAAAGAGUCCUAAGACCGCGACUAAUACGCAACAUUUCCCUUCCACUUCAUACACAACAUCAACCGACAGAAUGCAGCGAUCCGGCUACGGGCAAUCGCCCCCUUUACACCACCCUGUCCCGCAACACGUCUCAACCGUGCCCCAACUACGAUCACCGCCGCCGCCCACGUCGCAACCUCAAUCGGGCUAUGAUGGAAGCCCUUACCAACAGCAAGGGCGGGCGCCGUCAGGAAACAUGUUCGGCCAGUACGGAAACUUCAUAAACGACCCGGCCGCGCAGUUGGCCUCGCAGUUCGGACAGACGGCUUUCAAGCAGGGACAGGAAUACCUCGAGCAGAAUGUCAACCGCUUUGUCAGUGUCUCGGCGCUUAAACACUACUUCAACGUCACCAACUCCUACGUAAUAAACAAGCUAUUCCUUGUCCUGUUUCCCUGGAGGCAUAAGCCCUGGUCCCGCAAGCAGACAGUCAGCCCCGGCGGCCAGGAAGGGUGGUACCUGCCUCCCAGGGACGACAUCAACAGCCCCGACAUGUAUAUCCCGGUCAUGUCUCUGGUCACCUACAUCUUUCUCCAGACCCUCAUCGCCGGUCUUGGUGGUGCGUUCAAGCCGGAACUGUUCGGAUACGUUGCGACAACUGCGCUAGUGGUGGUUGUUGUUGAAAUUCUGGGCUUGAAGCUGGGAUGUUACCUCCUGAGCAUCUCCAACGAAUCGCAGCUUUUGGACCUCGUCGCGUACUCUGGGUACAAGUUUGUUGGCGUUAUUGUCACCAUCUCUAUUGCCGAGAUUGCCAAUGGCGGCAAGGGAACCGGUGGUAUGAUCGGCUGGACCGUCUUUGCUUACACUUUCUUCGCGAAUGCGCUUUUCUUGAUGCGCUCCUUGAAAUACGUCCUUCUGCCCGAGAACAACAACAACGCCCAGGGUCCUAUGCAAACCAUGCCCACCGAGGGUCGGGCAAAGAGAUCGCAGAGGCUCCAGUUCCUCUUCUUCUACGCCUACAUCGUGCAGCUCUUUUUCAUGUGGAUUCUGAGCCGGCCAUGA